AUGGACCGCGUCAUGUCUACGCCCGAAGGGGUCAAGUACAGGGUGGUGGACGUUGCUGGCAGAGACCGGUGCUGUGAAAUUCUCGCCCCCAUCGCCCUCAACAUGUUCCGUGAGAACAUCCCCCUUGAGGACAUUGUCUCGUCCGUCAGCGGCAACCUCACGGACGACAUGAUGAAGUACGUGCCGACCCUCCGUGGCAAAGUUGUGGAAAUGUCUCGCGUUUUCUUCAGUUUCGCGGACGGCGAAGAAUUGGCUGACUUUGACGACGUUGUUGACAACCCGAUGUGGGUAAUCAUGGCGAGGGGAAUGUGGGAGAAAGUGAUGCUGUGCUUUCGCGGGCAGUUUGACGGAAGGGCUUUUCUGCUCAUGGGAAAAGUCCUCCCCUUGGACGGGAUCAGGAUCGUCAAGCACGACAACGGGAUCUUGGCUCCUUGCGAUGUCGGGGUACCCCUUCCCAGCGGACACUGCCCUAUGGUACUUCACGACGGAUACGGGCACUUCAAGGCCCUGCUUCACUUUCGCGAGACGUCGGAGUCGGAGGCUUCGGGCGGCGACAGCGACGGGGAGUCGGAGGCCUCUAGUGGCACCGACGAGGAUGAAGCCAUGUCCGAAACUACGGAGUCGGAGAGUACGGGCGGCGCCGACGAGUGA